AUGGCGAGAAAGCGUGAGCCAAGAGCGUGCGAUAUUUGUCGCAGUCGCAAGGUACGAUGUGAUGUAUCAAUAGUAGGUUCGCCCUGUUCGAAUUGCUCAAAAGCGUCUGCCAUCUGUUCCCUGAAUAGUGCAUGGGGAAAACCGCCAGCAGAGCAAUCAAAGAGCACUGUGCCUUCAGCAAAUAUCCACACCUUCAAAGUCGAUGUACCAAAGGCACAUAACUCGACUGGUGAUGGCGCAUUCAACACUGUUGGUGUGAUUGCAAGGCAAGAGCCAUCAGAAGACGCUCACCCGAAUGCUGUGGGAGAUCAGUCCAAAGAUGUUCAGGCUGCGGACUCAACAGUAUCCCAGGAACAUCUGGAAUUGCCGGACUACAUCACCCCACUUCCACAGAAUAUUGACCGGCAUACCAUACAAUUAUUACGGCAAACAGGAGCUCUGUCAGUACCUACGAACGAGCUAGUCAGUGAGUUGCUCCGAGCUUUUACUUGCUAUGUGUACCCUUCAUUACCGGUCGUGGAUCUUCUUGGCUGCCUUGAAUCGGUCAAAGUUAGAAACGACAACACCGUGAGCUUGUUAUUAUUUCAGGCUAUUAUGAUGUCAGGUGCUGCAUUUGCAGAUAUACGUGUUUUGCAACGAGCAGGAUUUCAGACCCACAAGGAGGCUCAAAGUGCUUUGUUCCGACGUGUCAAGUUGCUGUAUGAGAUGGAUAUAGAAUCAUCACCAACAACAAUAAUCCAGGCCCUGCUUCUAAUGUCACACUGGGAAGGACAAGUCAAUGACACAAAGGGACGAUUUUAUUGGCAAGGAGUUGCACUAUCAUUUGCCAUCGGCAUAGGUCUAGACAAUCCCCAAUACUAUUCAGGUCAGCCAGGUCAACAUCAAUUUCGUCAAAGGCUCUGGGCCUGUUGUGUCACCAGAACUCACCUCCUUCCCUUAUUGGAGCGCCGGCCAAUAUCGGUCAAAAGUCCAGACCAGGAUAUCGAAGGCCUUCGACCACAUAUCUCCGAUAUCAACGGACUAGCUUAUGCAUUUGAUCAUUAUGGUUUACGCGAGGGGAGGGAAGAAUCAAAAAUCCUCGAAGAAUUAUUCAUACAGAAGUUGAAACUAGGUGUUAUUAUCCGAAGCAUUUUUGACUUACAGUACGAGCGAGGCGCCUUGCGGCAAAUUGAUGUCAAUGAUGGUUUUAUGGUGCUACUGCCAAAGUCCACUGCCACAGGUGUUGACAUGCUUGUGUUGGACCGGCAAUUGAACAAUUGGUACAAAAGUUCAUCUUCCUGCAAAGACCUCGCUUUCGGCCAGGACCACCGCAGGAAUGGGCCCGUGGUAGGUGUGCACACUGCGGUCGCGGAAAUGCUCUAUCUGACUGCGUUGUCCACGGUCCAUUUUCCACAAUUACUGGCCGAUCAGGAUGUAGGUUCAGCGGAUGAAGCACUUCAAAAAUUCUCACGCCUAACCCUACGCUCUGCUGCAAGACGAAUCACAGAUAUAGGAACAAGCCUCGCAGAUUCUCAGCUGGUAGCAUUGCUACCAUGUGAAGCUGUUGAGGCAUUCCUCGUUGCAUCUAUACAACAUAUCAGAGAUAUGAUGACAACCGAAACAGACCUACGCAAUAUCGAGUCACUCUAUCUGAGACAAACCCUGCAGAUACUGGCCAAAUUGGAAGGCAAAUAUAGCUCUGCAACAUCUGCCAUUGGCUUCAUUAAGUGGUUUAAGAAUGGGGAUUUUUUGCGCCAACCUGCCGGACUAGAGGACCGCGUGUUUUUGAUGACUCGCUGGGGCCAUGAUCUUUCGAUCUCCCAUACCAGAGAGAAAGAGGGUAGCGCUGCUCCAAAGGCUAUUUCUCAAGGGAAGUCUAAUUUGUACAGCGAGACACGGCCAGUCGCAGUUGCACAUGAUGCCACCUUCCAAACCACCUUCGACAGCGAUGGCUUCCUCACUAGACCCCAUGAUCCGGUCCCGAAUCUUGAGGGCUACUCGGAAAUACUGUUGACGACCAUGGAUUGGUCGGAAGUUGAUACUGCAACGUCAGGAGGACAGAUUCUGUGA